AAGGUUGUCCACCGGCUCGUUUCUCAUUUAACGCUCCAUCCCUCGUACAAGAAGGGAUUGGUUUGUACGUUAGAAAAAAUUAUUUCUUUCAUUUUGUUUCGCGUUGUUGUGCCGUGAAACGAAUCAAUAGUGAUCUCAAUAGUUUUUGGUUUCAAAUUUCGCGCGUGGAACGGCCGUCUUUAACACGAUACAAUGUUGGGGACAGCGUUCCAGAAGGUACGGUUCUUGUACAAACCGUACGCACUGGCUGUCGUAUCGGUUGGAUACGUUCUUGGAGAGCUAGGUCACUAUUUAAUUGGUGUCACAAGCAAGGCGACAGCAGAGGAUUUGCACUAUGGCGACAUUUCCUGCCAAUUAAACACGACCAGAUUAUCCCUCGCGGAUCUUCCGGUUCAAUGCGAGGAAGCUAAGAAUUCAAGUUUUUGCGAGUCCCUGGAACUAAACGGAUCCAACUAUUGCGAAUGGAAUUAUAACGGCCUUGGUUUGGACUAUCAAAUCCUGGCUGGUCCCAGUUUCAUAGCCGUAUUCACCGUCGUUGGUGUUUGCCUCGGUAUUGCGGCUGACAAGUACAACAGGGUGAGGCUGUUAACUAUUUGCACCUUGUUAUUCAGUAUAGCCAUUAUUCUAAUGGGAGCAGUUAGAGAAUACUGGCAAUUAGUUAUUCUACGUAUGGUUCUAGCAGCAGGGGAGGCAGGAUGCAACCCCUUGGCUACGGGGUUGCUUUCUGACUGGUUCCCAGAAGAGCAACGAGGACUGGUCAUGUCCAUAUUUAAUUGGGGCAUUUAUGGAGGAUAUGGAAUUGCAUUUCCUGUUGGACGUUAUAUUCCUAAUAAAAAUAUUUUAAAUUUGGGCUGGAGAGCGUGUUACUACGGAGCUGGUAUAAUCGGAUUGAUCAUAGCUGUUCUUACAUUUACUCUAUCCGAACCGAAAAGAAAAUCAAUCGGCGAAGAGGAAACAAACAGUGACGGAAAGAAAACACCAGUAUGGAAAGUGAUCCUGCAACCGAGGAUUAUAAUUUUAUGCCUGGCUGCCAGCAUUAGACAUUGCGGCGGUAUGUGCUUCGCCUACAACUGCGACCUCUAUUACAGAGACUACUUUCCCGACUAUGAUCUAGGAUGGUGGUUAUUCGCUGUAACUAUAGUGAUCGGUAGUAUCGGAGUGGUGGUAGGUGGAGUGAUUAGUGAUAAAUUCGUAGCAAGAAUGGGGAUCAGAUCACGAGUGGCGGUAUUAGCCAUUAGUCAGAUAAUAGCAACACCCUUUGCAUUUGGCUCGGUGUACUUCAAUCCUCUUUGGGCUAUGAUUACUCUUGGUAUUUCUUACUUCUUUGCUGAAAUGUGGUUUGGUAUCGUGUUUGCAGUAGUCGUGGAAAUAGUACCUCUGCAUCUCAGGUCGACCACCAUUGGUGCAUUUUUGUUCGUGAUGAACAAUAUAGGCGGGAACUUGCCAAUAUUGGUCGAGCCAACUAGAAUGGCCAUCGGUUUUCGAGAGUCCCUUUAUAUUUACUAUGCUGGAUUUUAUGGUAUUAGUUCAAUAAUGUUCUUCUUCACGAUGUUCUUCAUGGAAGGUGGCAAAAGAGAAGCAAAGACUUCAGAAACCGUUAUUAAUGCCAAACCAGAGUUUGGAUACGACAAUAACACGUUUACUAACGACGAGGGACGUGUACCAACGAUAGAACUUCCUCGACUAUACCCUCCACCACCACAUCGUUUCGAGAAUUCUAGGUUAUAAGUUAGGAAUACCUAUCAUUUUCAAAGAAUCCGGUGUAAAUAGCAAUUUAAAAUGUCUACAACGUGUCCAUGAUAGUAAACAGAAUUUCCCCUUGUGACGACGGUUUCGAAUUCAUCGGUUCCCAACUUGUGUUAUUCUUUCAUUUCUGAAACAUUAAUUACUUUAUGUAAAUAAAUUUAUCGAUCGUAAUUAAAUACUUAAUUUUACCGGUGGAAUCCUUGGAUUUCGUGGAACAAGAGUUGGGAACCCCAUAAUAUGAUCAGGAAUCGGGGUUCACACGAGGUAUUCUCAAAUACUGCAAGAAACUAUUACGUAUAAUUGACAAAUUUUAUAACUUAAUAAAUAUUUCUUAUUUUUCAAUAAAUUACAGACUUGUGAAAAAUCUACAAGUCACCGAAUGUCUUUGUAAAAUGUAAAUUUUUCUAAAAAAUUUCAAACUGUUCAUUUCACAAUUUAGCGUCAAUUACUGUAAUAAAUAUUACCUACAAUUUUA